UGUUUGUAGCGGCACGGCAGCUUGCUUCAUGAUCUCUCGAAUCCUCGAUGAACCAUGUUUGACACGUAUUGCCAUGUGUUAGUUUCCUAUAAUUUGUUUCCGCCACUUGGUUUACAUGCAACGUUUAUAGAAUACCAUUUAAAGGCAGUACUGGGAGUUUCAGAGCUUCAGCAAACUGCAGCAAAGACGAAGAGUACCGAAAGAUGGCGGAUACCAGGGCUGAAGUUAGACGGGUCGCCAUGUGUAACGACAGUUGUGGCUGUCCUUCUCCAUGCCCCGGUGGCGGGGCUUGCAGGUGCACAGCAAGCGAGGCUACGAGUGGGACAGACCACAAGCGGUGCUCGUGCGGGGAGCAUUGUGGGUGCAAUCCAUGCACAUGCACCAAGGCUGAAGUCAGUGGGACCGGAAAGCUGGUUUGCAAGUGUGGCACGGGUUGCACCUGCGUCACUUGUGCCUCUUGAGCAGCUGUGGUUUAAUUUCCAGUGUUCUCACGCUUGAGCGAGCUUAUGCAAAAUGCUGUUUCCAUCAUAUAUGAGAAUAAUGGUUUUUUAGUUUGUAAUGUAGGGGCUUUCUCUUGCUAGAGAAAGUACGUUGGUGUCAGUAAAUGAGUCGAAACUCGGUUAAUUUCCAUGUUGGAGUAGCGUAUUUAUUAUGACUUGAAAAGAGUAUGUUUUCUCAGUAAGUAAAAGAAAUUAGCUUAGUCCAUGACAUGUUUAUUGAAAUAGUUAAUGUUGUUUAGCUGGAAAUAAAGACUAAUAUAUGUUUUGU